AACAUAUAUGUUCAUGUAUGUAUGUGAUGAAUGAUUCGACAAGUCUAACGCAAAGGUACAGACCUGGAAAUCAUCGGCCGAAACCUUACGGAUGAGCGGGAGUAGAAACAACAUCGAAAUUCACCAACUUUGUCAUUCUCAUCACAAUUAGACAGCCUGCCGUAUUUUGAGCAUAUCUCCAUCGUUUCUUCACGGAAUUGCAAACUGUUUGAUUCUGUGGAUUCCUAAGAUGUAAGGCUAUAACUUUUGUAUAGAAAGUAUUUCGAAUUAACAGGUGUAAAAUAGCGUAAAUCGGAUCUGAAGUCAAAGGAUAGUUGCUGUCCAGAAUAUCGGAUAUGUCGAUGAACACGAUCCCGACGAUUAACUCACUAACUUCAACAUUCCAACGCCGAACCUUCUCUACGAUACCUUCCGGAUGUUCCUAAUAAUUGUUAGAGAGUUUAUGAGCGUGGUUGCAUUUCCAAAGCUUUACCGCUGGAAAUCUAGAUCAUGGCCGGAAGAACAUUCCAAGCCGGUGUAUCCGAAGGACAAUCUACUACAUGUCCUCCAUUCUUUGAUGGUACAAAUUAUGCAUAUUGGAAGGAAAGAAUGAGGAUAUUCAUACAAUCAAACGACUUCGACUCAUGGAUGGUAAUCAAGCAUGGAAACACUACCCCUGCAAAUAUUGUUGAUGGAAUUCGUGUUCCCAAGUUGGAAUCCGAAUAUGAUGAUCAAGACAAGAAGAACGUCAUGCAAAAUGCCAAAGCCAACAACUAUCUUUAUUGUGCAGUCAACCCUGAUGAUUAUAGAAAGAUAUCAAGAUGCAAAUCCGCCAAUGAGAUGUGGACUAAACUCGAAGUCACUUAUGAAGGUACAUCUCAAGUUAAAGAUGCUAAAGUUGAUAUCUUAUUGCAUGAAUACGAAUUAUUCUCAAUGAAGGAGAAUGAAAGCAUUGAUAGUUAUUUUGAGAGAUUCUCUACAAUCAUCAACAAUCUUGACACGCUCGGAAAGUAUUACACCGAUCAUGAGCUUGUCCGGAAAAUUCUGCGUUGUAUGACUCCUGAGUGGAAAUCCGAGGUGAACGCCAUAACUGAAGGAAGAGACUACAAUGUCUUAACUUAUGAUACUCUUCGUGGGAAACUACUCACAUAUGAAACUACUACUCCUCAUCUACGUGGUGAAGACAAAAGGAGGAAAUCUAUAGCAUUGAAAGUCACCAAGGAAGUUGUAGAGGAAAAUGAAGAAGAUGAUGAUGAAUCACUUAAUUUAGAAGACAAUCCCGAACUUUCUCUUGUCAUCAAACGCUUCAACAAAUUUAUCAAGAAAAGCUUCAAGCCAAGGAGAGACAAUGGGAAGAAAGCUACACCACCUAAAUGCUAUGAAUGUGGAGAGAUAGGGCACAUCAAGCCUUAUUGUCCUAAGUUGAAGCAAGGGAAGGACAAGAAGUUCAAGAAGAAGCAAAAAGCAUACAUCUCAUGGGAGAGUGAUCAUUCAUCUUCUGAAACAAGUGAUGAGGACGAAGAAAUAGCAAAUCUUUGUCUAAUGGCUACCGAGGAAGAGGCCUACAGAGUUUUCAACAAACGUACCUUAGUUGUUGAAGAAUCUGUACAUGUUGUGUUUGAUGAAAAUAAUGCUCGCUUGUCGAGAAGGGUAUCUUGUGAUGACCUUGAAGGUUCACUUGAGAAAAUGAAUCUUGAAGAAGGUGAAUCUACAUCUUCUUCAAUCUACGCAAGAAUCCUCGUCGCCAAGCUCUUCUUCCACAAUUGGUUCAUCCUCGUCGCCAAGAACCCUAGGCGCGGCUUCACCGUCGACUCUCCAUACCUAGGCGCCAAGCUUUUCUUCGACAACUCCAUGGCGUCAAGGACAAAGAGGAAGACCAUUCGGCAACCUGAUUCUUCCUCUCUCCCUGGUUCUUCAUCUCAACCACAAUCUACACCCGAAGUCCCAAGGUUUGUCUACCCUCUUAAUCCUCGGGUUUAUUUUGAAGAUGAGACCGAUUUGAAAACUUUCCUUGAGCGAUUCGUUCCUAGGAAGAUUGUCACUCCUAGGUAUGUCGAUUUGGCGGAGUUUGAAAGAAACCAAGAUUUUGAAUCUGUUUUGUCCAAACUCCGCUCCUCGGGUCUCCUUAAUGUCGUCACCAUUAGAGAGACUCAAGUUCCUUUUGAUUAUAUUAAGGCUUUUUAUGCGUCUCUCAUCUUCAAACGUCGUGGUUCCCAAUUUGUUGUUACGGCUAAGUUUUGUGGAAAAGAAGUUGUUGUUACCAGUUCGGAGCUUAAUUCUAUGUUUGAGAUGUCCAAUUCUGGAGGUGAGAUCACCACCGUGAACAAUGACCAGAAUCCAUGGUAUGAUUUUGAUGAGCGUAAAUGUUGGGAGGCUAUGGAUUUCACGCCCCAAUUCAAUUCAUCCAAACGUCCAAUGGUGAGCGGGAUGACACCACCUCAAAGAUUGCUGCAAUACAUCUGUUCUUAUAUCUUGCGAGGUCGGGUUGGAAAUCAUCCCCAAAUGUCCAAGGAUGACUCGAUGCUCAUCUAUGCAAUUCUCAAGCCGGUUCCCAUCAAUUGGGGUAAAUUCAUUUUGACCUACAUGAACUUCUGUCGUGCAAAGAAGCGAGCCCUUCCAUAUCCUCUUCUCGUCACUCAUAUUUUGAAGCAAAAAGGUUUUGAGUUUACUACUGCUGAGAUGACUGAUGAUACUCCUUUUUGGCGAAUCCGAGUGGAAACCGUAACUCGUGCUCAGAAUGUUGAUGAUGACUCUAGUGACGAUGAUGAUGAUGUUGUUGCUCCUACCCAGAAGCGUCCGAUUUCCUAUAGAGGCAGGGUCUCUUUGCCGAUGUUAUACGACGCUAUGCAAGGACUCCAAACCUCCCUUGACAACUUGAAGAUUCAACAAGCUAUCCAUGGUUAUAAUUUGAACCAAUUGUUGGUCAAGUCGGGAGAACAUUGGGUGGUUCCAUCGAUGGAUGCGUUGGAGCCAUAUAUGUACCACGGGUCAUCAUCUUCUCAGGAUACGACUAUUCAUCAAGAGACUCAGGGAAUUGUUGAUGAUGAGGAAGAUGAGAUGGAUGAGGAAUGAGUGGAUGGGGCACUCAUGUCAACUUAUUUAGUUUUGCUGGUUUAAUACGAAGUUGAUCCCAUUUUUUUUUCAUUUUAUGUUUGUGCCCAACAUAAUUUGAGAAAUUGGAAUUUGAUGAUGUCACAAUCCAUAUGGUGGAACAACUAUGUUGGAUUAUGAACAUGGUUUGAUCCGAGACCAUCAAGGGUGCAACCAUGUUGGAUUUUCAACCGUAAGAUUAGAACAUUAAGGAUUGCACAUCACAUGUUCGACAAAAUGCCACAAAGACAUAUCUGGUGCAAAGUACUUCUAGCCCUCUGAUUUCAUAUGUUCUUAUUGAAGAUUAAACACAUGAGAAGUACUACCAACCUUUUUUCUACAAGCAUCCUACCCCAUCAUCAAUUUUAUACCCAAGACAGCCUCAACCAUUGCCAAUAUUCAGAAAAUGCAGAAAGAAGCUCCCUCGAUGCACAAAAUUCUGAUUAAAGCCUCAUGUUGUUUGAAUGUGGCUCGUGGUGAGCUUCUUGUCAUCUCACCAUAAGGUGUCAUAUCACUGGAGUCAAUCCCUAUAUAUAUAUAUAUAUAUAUAUAUAUAUAUAUAUAUAUAUAUAUAUAUAUAUUAAGGAAUAUUUUUAUUGAAAUAGAAAGAGAGAACAAAGAAAGUACAAAAGGUGGGGGGUUGGCCGGACCCCUACAAGGCCUGAAACUCACUGCAACAAGGAACUAAGAGAGCCAAAACAACAAUAAAACUACAAUAAAAACAGAGACCAGACAGGGGUGGGGUUCUCCAGUCAUGCCACUUUUCCACAGUUCCUGUCCAUAGCCUUUGUGAGAAAUUCCAAAUGCAACAAUUAAGGGAAGGCUUCAUUAAUACUUCCCAUGAUUGGACCUUAAUGUACGCAGUACAUGGAGUAUUGAAUCGAACUCACAAGGUCGAUAUGCAGAUUGAAUCGUGCUACUGCCCAAGGCCUCGAGAUGCUAAAAUGCAUACCAAAUGCCCUGUGGUGAACAAAGGCAAACGAGAACAAAUUCCCUAAGUUGGCCAGUAAAACCAUUAACCUGUCUUGUAUGAAAGCCCAGAUAAAGGUACUCAAUGAACAAAUGUAAAGGAGAUGCUCUUGGCAGAAGGUGCGGCUAAAAGCUAAACCUUGAAUUCACUGUCAGCAUCAUUGAAACAAAAAUUCAUAACCAACUGUAAAAAUAGCAAACAGAUUAAGCAUCUCAAAAAAGCAUGCUUUUUUCAUGAGUAAGCUUUGCUCUUAGAUCCGAGAGCCUUUUACUUCUACGAGGACGAGAAGAUUCAUGUAGCUUUUGGGAAAGUUUGUCGAAUUUCCUUUGGUUUUUUUUCAUGAUUGCUUCUAUGUUCACAUGCCAAUUUUCCUCCUCUUCAGAACCUUUAUCCGUGAUCCAUUCCUCCUCUGAUUCAUCUGAUGGUAUAUGAAGAGUAUUUCUCAAAGGUUGGAUUUCAUGAUCGGAGUUGUAUUUAACAUUCUAAUGAGGGCUUUCUAGCUCAUUGUCUGAAUUGGAACAACCAAGGAAGUGAGGAGCCACUGUAGGGGUAUCUUGGUGUGUGUUUAGGGGAACAAAAGCAGCAGCUAAAGCGGAAAGAGAAGACGAUUAGGUUGGGGUUGUCAAGUGGAUAGAGUGGGGAUUCGAAACAGCAAGUGUUAUGGGAGAAGACACUGGUGUAAGCUUCGAAGGCGUUGAAGGAGGCUUACAGAAUUCAAUUCGGUUGAAGAGGGUAUCUAAUGGAAUCUCCAAGGUGAGAAGGCUCUGUGAAAUAGAAAGAGCUUGGGGUUCUGAGGGCAUUGAAAUCUGAGAGCAGAUUAUGGCCAUAUCUGUGAAAGGUUGGGGCAGGGGAAUGGAAGACUUAAGUACAUCAUAGGCUUUUUUAAAGCAGUGGGUGAAUGUGGUGAAUCCAUUGCCUUGGUUACCUUCGGG